AUGGCGAAGCCGAGCCUACCUUCACCAUCGGCUCAAAAAUUUGGUAUUUCUGCAGAGAAAGAUGGAGAGAAUUUGUUCAAUGAGCUGGUCCAGUUGAGCAUCAUCCAGGAACCACCAGGCCAGAUAGACAAUGUGUUCCAAGUCAAUGGUUUCUUCCAUGGAUACAUAAUCUCACGACAAUUGGAAGAUAACCUUGUGUUUGCACUGGAGGGGCACUGCAACCUGAACUCGCAACGUGUGGGGCAACACCUGACCAUUAGGAGCAGCUGGGACAGAGAUGAGAAUGUGUCCAAGAGCAUGGACUUGUCACGGCUACGGUCUUUGACAGUGUUCGGGGAAUGGAGGUCAUUUUUCAUCUCAACGGCGGACGGUAGCAGCAAUAUGAGACUGCUUCGGGUACUUGAUCUUGAGGACACGGCGUCAGGUGUAACAUAUGGUGUCCUCGAGCAGAUUGGGAAAUUACUUCCUCGUCUCAAGUUUCUGUCUGUACGAGGAUGCAAAGAAAUUACUCGUAUGCCAGACUCAUUGGGUGGCUUGAGACAGCUGCAGACUCUGGAUGUUAGCCACACCAAAAUAACCAAGUUGUCAUGUGCUAUCAUCAAACUGGUGAAGCUUCAGUACCUGUGUGCAGGCACCACUGAAGACGGCGAUGCACAGCCAGUAGCAGCUGACCCUGAUGGCAUGAGCAGAAGCCAAGCAGCAGCGGUUGACCAUGAUGGCAUGAGCAGUAGCCAAGCAGCAGCAGCUGACCGCGAUGACAUGAGCAGAAGCCAAACAGCAGUAGCAAUACCAGCCAUGGACGGUGAUGUGACGAGCACAAUCGAACCAGCAGCAAGAGCACCAGCCGAGGGUGAAAAUUCAUCGAGUACACCAAUGCAAUGGAGGAGUAAGACCGAAUGCAACUUGGUGCAAUACUAUUCCUACAGCUGGUCAUCCAAGAAGAAGAAGAUGAUGAAGAAGAAGAAGCAGUUUGAUUAUGGCGGUGGUGUCAAGGUUCCUGCUGCAGGUUUUGGGAAUCUAACGGCCUUGCAUAGUCUUGGUAUUGUGAAUGUGAGUGGUGCAGGCGGGAAGGCCAUCCUCAAGGAUAUGGAGAAGCUUACCCAGUUGCACAAUCUCUGUGUGUCAGGCAUCAGCCAGAAAAACUGGGACAACUUGUGUUCAGUCAUCUCGGGUCACGGCCAUCUAGAGUCCUUGUCAGUGCGACUCGACUAUGAUGAGUCUGAGCAGGAGGGUGGUCUGUGUUGUUUAGAUGGCAUCUCCGAGCUACCAAAGACACUAGACAGCCUCAACUUUUAUGGGGGAAAUGUCUGUGCAUCCCCAACCUGGAUCUUGAGGAAUCCUCGGUUUUUUCAAGGUUUUUGGGGCUUGUUCAGGAACAAUCUUGUACUUACUCGUAUUGAGUUGACAGUAUCAACGCAAGAGGACAUAGACAGUCUUGGUAGAAUUGACUGUGCAAACUUGUUUGCCCAUCUUUGUGUCAAGCCGAUUCAAGGCAGCUUGCUCCGUUAUGGUUGCGUUGGGUUAUUUGGCAUGCCCUGCGGAUCCGCCACAGUCAAGAUCGAAUGCAACAGCAACGAUUUAACGCUGGUUUUUGGACCUCAUUCAACGGAACAUGUGGAGGUGCUGGAGGUUAACUGA